AACUACCCAUGAAAUAUUGCUAGUGAGUCACAAGUUAUGUUUCCGUUAACUUGUCCGGUGAUAUUUUUUGUUGUCAACAUUUAGAGUUCGUGUAGAAAAUAGAUGCGACAAUUGCCUGCUAGGGUGUCGACUAAAACAGCUGGACGUAAUGACGUCACGUCUGUCGAAUAAAAAUGUAGUUUUUGAAGCGUUUCCAUUAUCCAUUUAGGCAAAUUGCGCAGACAGCCUGUAUGCCCUCCCAUCUAUCUGUUUCAUGUCCUAGGUAGCCAGUGGUGGAAAAAGUACUCAAUUGUCAUACUUGAGUAAAAGCAAAGAUACCUUCAUAGAAAAUGACCCAAGUGAAAGUAUUUGGUUUUAAAUAUACUGUAAUGAAUCAGGCAGGGAGCAGGUCUCGAACCCUCGACCUCCUAGCCCGAGGUCCGGCGCGCUAUCGACUGUGCCGCAAAAGCAUGCUCAAGCGGCAGAGUCGAUUUCCGCGCUUAUAAACACAGGGUCGUUACAAUACGUAAGUGUCAAAAGUAAAUGUAAUUGCUAAGAUGUACUUAAGUAUAAAUAGUAAAUGUAUAAAUGUAUACUUCAACCUUUAUUGACGGAUACCCAAGGGCACACUCACACAAUUUACAAACGUAGCAUUUGUGUUUAGUGAGUCUGCCAGACCAGAGUGGAUGACCUGGGAUGUUCACUUGAUAAGUGUGUGAAUUGGACAAUUUUCCUGUCAAAAUGUAACGAGUACUUUUGGGUGCCAGGGAAAAUGUAUGGAGUAAAAAGUAUAUUUUUUCUUUAGGAAUGUAGUUAAGUAAAAGUUGCCAAAAAUACAAGUAGUAAAGUACAGAUACCCCAAACUACUUUAAAUGUAUUUUUACACAACUGCAGGUAGCCCGCAAAAACCAGCAUGGAUAGAAUGCAAUAAUUGACUAAUAUUUGCCAUAUUCUAAUACAUCUCUUGUGCCAACGUAUCGCCAUAGUCCGCGCCAUGGUGAAACUUGCACUCAUGUAGAUCUGAAAGAAUUGGAUGGUAAAACUUGCCAGCCAAGCAGAAAAGCAAGGCGAAUCAAUUCAGCCAUUCUUGAAAGUCAGGAAAAACACCGCUUCCAUCAGAUCUGUUGCAAUAAAGAAAGUUUGACAGAUUAAAAAUCCACCCCAGUCCAACGGAUAAAAAUGUAAUGUUUAGAAAAUGUCUCCCAUCUUACGUUUCCAUUACACAUUUUUUGGUUGCGACAUAUUACUUUUGUCAAAUACCUAGGUCAAUGUUAACCCUACUUAGCUACUGAUAUAGCGCCUAUUGAUGAUAGUAGUAUCUUCGGACAGGGGGUGUUUUGUUAAGAGCCCCAACAUUUGCUCUAAACAUUAACUCAUCGCUUGCGGUACGAUUUUGAAAACACAAGGAACGUAUAUUUCAUAUCGGCAAGGAAAAAAAUAAUAAUAUAAAAGUUCAAUUACAACACACCUUCAAAGGGUUAGUGUGUUCCCACACAGCCAUGUCUCCGUGUUACAUCACUUAUUUAUGGAAGACAUAGGUGGCCACCUGUGCUAAUUAACUAUCUAGUGUUCGGUGAACACCUGUGUUUAAGCUUAACUGGGGAGGACGUGUAGUUUGUCAACUAGAGGCACACAGCUUGUGGAUCUGUUCCAAACUGCUACAGUAAGGAAAUGAAGCCAACGAACACCGAGAAUGGUGUCCCUGUACUCCAUUCAGCAAAAGAGGGGUGCAAACCCAAGAAAUUCACCCCAGAUGAGGUACUGGUACCAAAUCCCAGCUUCAAAGAAAAUCAAGGAAUGAAAAGAAAGAUACAACCUGGAAGUCUAUCGAAAUAUGAAUUGGAACGGUUGGAAAAUAUCAGACAAAACCAAGUGUUCCUGUCCUCCAUAAAACUGCUUGAGGCCAAGCAGGAUUUGAAACCAGAAAAAACACAGAGAGGUCUCAAGAAACAGAAACUAAAUAAGGUAGCCUGGACAGAGAUACUGCCUCCUCGCACCAAGUCCUUGAGAAUCCAGAAGAAGGAAGCAGAGCGACUCCCCCUGCCCCCGGAACCACACAGGAUUUAUUAUGAAGCUGAACGAAUUGAACGUGCCAGGAAGCCAGAGGGUCCCAUUAGUAUGGAGCCAAUCAACAUGGAGGAGGAUAGUUCACUGCCACCUGAGCUUCUCAAGCUGUGGACAGAGGAUUUAAUCAAAGAAGAAAAGGAGGAGUUGGGUCUGGGAGAGUACCGUAGUACUCUGAAGAGCAUGGAGCUGAGUGAGAUUGGAGGAGUAGUUAAGGUGGUGAAGAGUCGUAUCUGCUCUGUUGCCUUCCAUCCGUGUAGCAGUCGUCUGCUCAUGGCUGCUGGGGACAAGUUGGGUGGAGUGGGGCUGUGGAACCUCGACUCUGAUAUGGGGGAUGAGGGCGUGCUGCUGUUUGAGCCACACGUCCGGCCGGUGGCCUGCAUGGCGUUCUCCAGGUCACAUCCUACAGACCUGUUGACCCUCAGCUACGACGGGACGCUACGGAGCACAGACGUGGAGAAAGCCGUUUUUGAUGAGGUGUAUCGGAUCAAGGAUGGCUUGAGAACCUUUGACUUCCUUUCACAUGACUGUUCGACGCUGGUCACCGGGGACUGGUACGGAGACGUUGCCAUUGUUGACAGGCGGACUCCAGGAACCUCUCAUGAGUCCCUCCAUAGCCUGGAUACCAAGACGGUUCGCUGUGUUCACGUCCACCCUGUUCAGAAGCAGUACAUCAUGGUGGCUGAGAACAGUAUUGUGAGCAUUUACGAUGCUCGAUGUUUGAAGGCAUCGUGGAGCGAGCCAGUCUCCCAGCUCUAUGGUCACUCAAAGAGCAUCUCAAGUGCCUACUUCUCUCCUGGCACUGGCAACAGAGUAGUGACCACCUGCCUAGACAACAACAUCAGGAUUUACGACACCUCGGAACUGACCUCCAGAGCUCCUCUACUGACCUCCAUCCAACAGAACUUGUACACAGGGAGCUGGCUGUCCCAGCUGAAGGCGAUGUGGGACCCCAAGAGAGACGACUGCUUCGUUGUGGGCAGCAUGCAGCAGCCUCGCAGAGUCCAGGUUUUCCAUGAGAGUGGGCAGCUCCAGCACUCCUUCCAGGACCCAGAGAUGACCACCGUGCUCUCAGUCACAGCCUUCCACCCCACCAGGAACGCUCUACUGGGGGGUAACGCCAAUGGACGGCUGUACGUCUUCACCGACUGAGAGCAGGAGGCCUGUAUGUGUUCACUGCCUGAGAGGAGAAACCUGGGCCAUUGUUCACAAGACAUCUCAGAGUAAGAGUCCUGAUCUAGGAUCAGGUACCCUCCCUCUUAUUCAUUAUGAUCUGGAAGGCUCAACUGAUCGUAGAUCAGCACUCCUACUCUAAAAUGUUUCAUGUUACGGGCCCAGAACACGUGCUUAGAAUAGACCAAAAUAAGUUGUUUGGUUGUGUUUUAUGUUUUUCUCCAGGCUGCCUUUGCUAUUGUUGCACAUUGUUUUCUAUCAAAUUGUUGAUCUUUUGUUAGUUUAAAUAAAGUUAUAUAUUUAGCUGAAGUUGUGCUUUUCAUGUAGGUUAGCUCUUUCAUUGGCUGUAUUGUACCUGCAGUGAAUUUUGUGAUUGGUAGUUUUUAUUUGAAAGAAAACCAUCAGAGUUCAGUGGCUACAGCCCUACAAUCAAUAAAAUCAUGGCUAAAUACCA